GCGAGCGCGGCGCUCGGAAAGAUGGCGGCGGCGGCGGCGGGCGGCGCGGAGCCGAGCGGGGCCCGGGCGGGCGGGCAGCCUCCGCCGCGGCCGCAGCCGCCCCUGGCCGCCGGGCCGGCGCUGAUCGCGCACGGCGACGAGCUGGUGGCCGCCGUGUGGCCGUACCGGCGGUUGGCGCUGCCGCGGCGCCUGACGGUGCUGCCGUUCGCCGGGCUGCUGUACCCGGCCUGGCUGGGCGCCGCGGCCGCCGGCUGCUGGGGCUGGGCCGACGGCGGGGCGCAGGUGCCCGAGGCCGCGCUGCUGGCGCUCGCCGCCAUCGGCCUGGUGCACGCGCUCACCGUGCUCUCGGGGCACUGGUCCGUGCACGCGCACUGCGCGCUCACCUGCGCGCCGGAGUACGACCCCAGCAAGGCAACCUUCGUGAAGGUGGUGCCCACGCCCAACAACGGCUCCACCGAGCUGGUGGCCCUGCACCGAGAUGAGGGAGAGGAUGGCCAGGAGGUGCUCUCCUUCGAGUUCCAGAAGAUCAAGUACUCGUACGACGCCCUGGAGAAGAAGUGCUUCCUGCCCGCUGCCUUCCCCGUGGGGAACACCUUUUCUUUCUACCAGAGCAGCAGGGGCUUCCAGGAGGAGGCGGAGAUCAGAGCCGCUGAGAAGAAGUUUGGGAGCAACAAAGCAGAGAUGGUGGUGCCCGACUUCUCAGAGCUGUUCAAGGAGAGAGCCACCGCGCCCUUCUUCGUCUUCCAGGUGUUCUGUGUGGGGCUGUGGUGUCUGGAUGAGUACUGGUACUACAGCGUCUUCACGCUGUCCAUGCUGGUGGCCUUCGAGGCGUCGCUGGUGCAGCAGCAGAUGCGCAACAUGGCGGAGAUCCGCAAGAUGGGCAACAAGCCCCACAUGGUCCAGGUCUACCGCAGCCGCAAGUGGAGGCCCGUGGCCAGCGACGAGAUCGUCCCUGGGGACGUCGUCUCCAUCGGGCGCUCCCCACAGGAGAACCUGGUGCCCUGCGACGUGCUGCUGCUGCGCGGCCGCUGCAUCGUGGAUGAGGCCAUGCUGACCGGGGAGUCGGUGCCGCAGAUGAAGGAGCCCAUCGAGGACCUCAGCCCAGACCGAGUGCUAGACCUACAGGCGGACGCACGGCUCCACGUCGUGUUCGGGGGCACAAAGGUGGUGCAGCACAUCGCACCCCAGAAGGCCAGCUCGGGACUGAAGCCAGUGGACAAUGGCUGUGUCGCCUAUGUGUUGAGGACCGGCUUCAACACGUCCCAGGGCAAACUGCUACGCACCAUCCUGUUUGGGGUGAAGCGGGUGACAGCCAACAACCUGGAGACCUUCAUCUUCAUCCUCUUCCUGCUUGUGUUUGCCAUCGCAGCGGCCGCCUAUGUCUGGAUCGAGGGCACCAAGGACCCCAGCCGCAACCGCUACAAGCUGUUCCUGGAGUGCACGCUCAUCCUCACCUCCGUGGUGCCGCCGGAGCUACCCAUUGAGCUGUCGCUGGCCGUUAACACCUCGCUCAUUGCGCUGGCCAAGCUCUACAUGUACUGCACGGAGCCCUUCCGCAUCCCCUUCGCGGGCAAGGUGGAGGUGUGCUGCUUUGACAAGACGGGCACACUGACCAGUGACAGCCUGGUGGUCCGUGGUGUGGCAGGGCUGCGACAUGGGAAAGAAGUGACCCCCGUGUCCAGCCUCCCCGUGGAGACGCACCGGGCCUUGGCCUCCUGCCACUCGCUCAUGCAGCUGGACGACGGCACGCUGGUGGGGGACCCACUGGAGAAGGCCGUGCUCACAGCUGUGGACUGGACGCUGACCAAAGAUGAGAAAGUAUUCCCCCGAAGUAUAAAAACUCAGGGGCUGAGAAUUCACCAGCGCUUUCAUUUUGCCAGUGCCCUGAAGCGAAUGUCCGUGCUCGCCUCCUACGAGAAGCCGGGCCGCCCCGACCUCUGCUACAUUGCCGCCGUGAAGGGGGCCCCCGAAACCCUGCACGCCAUGUUUGCCCAGUGCCCGCCCGACUACCACCACAUCCACACGGAGAUCUCCCGGGAGGGCGCUCGCGUGCUGGCACUCGGCUACAAGGAGUUGGGCCACCUCAGCCACCAGCAGGCCCGGGAGCUGAAGCGUGAGGCCCUGGAAUGCAACCUCAAGUUCGUGGGCUUCAUCGUGGUGUCCUGUCCACUCAAAGCUGACUCCAAGGCUGUGAUCCGAGAGAUCCAGAACGCCUCCCACCGGGUGGUGAUGAUCACCGGUGACAACCCCCUGACCGCCUGCCACGUGGCCCGGGAGCUGCACUUCAUAGAGAAGACGCACACGCUGAUCCUGCAGCCCCCCGCCGACCCAGGGGCCCCCUGUGAGUGGCGCUCCAUCGACGGCUCCAUCCGCCUGCCCCUGACCCCCGGCUCCCCGCGGGCACUGGCCCAGGAACACGCGCUGUGCCUCACGGGCGACGGGCUGGCCCACCUGCAGGCCUUCGACCCCCAGCAGCUGCGCCUCCUUGUGCCCCACGUGCAGGUGUUCGCACGCGUGGCCCCCAAGCAGAAGGAGCUGGUCAUCACCAGCCUCAAGGAGCUGGGCUACGUGACCCUCAUGUGUGGGGACGGCACCAACGAUGUGGGAGCUCUGAAGCACGCCGACGUGGGCGUGGCGCUCCUGGCCAGCGCUCCCGAGCGCGUGCUAGAGCGGCGGCGGCGGCCAAGAGACGGCCUCACCCUGUCCGGCAGCGCAGGCCGGCCCGCACCCAGGGCGGGCAGACAGAAGUCAGGGCUCCCACCCCAUGAGGAAUCGCCGGCCUCCCAGCGGGACCGCCUGAGCCAAGUGCUCCGAGACUUGGAGGACGAGAGUACCCCCCUCGUGAAGCUGGGGGAUGCCAGCAUCGCCGCGCCCUUCACCUCCAAGCUGUCCUCCAUCCAGUGCAUUUGCCACGUCAUCAAGCAGGGCCGCUGCACGCUAGUGACCACGCUGCAGAUGUUCAAGAUCCUGGCGCUAAACGCGCUGAUCCUGGCUUACAGCCAGAGCGUGCUGUACUUGGAGGGCGUCAAAUUCAGCGACCUCCAGGCCACCCUGCAGGGGCUGCUGCUCGCCGGCUGUUUCCUCUUCAUCUCCCGCUCCAAGCCCCUCAAGACCCUCUCUCGAGAGCGGCCGCUGCCCAACAUCUUCAACCUGUACACGGUGCUGACGGUGGCGCUGCAGUUCUGCGUGCACUUCCUGAGCUUGGUCCACCUGUACCGCGAGGCCCAGGCCCGCAGCCCCGCGAAGCGGGAACAGUUUGUGGACCUCUACAAGGACUUCGAGCCCAGUCUGGUCAACAGCACUGUGUACAUCAUGGCUAUGGCCAUGCAGAUGGCCACCUUCGCCAUCAACUACAAGGGCCCGCCCUUCAUGGAGAGCCUGCUGGAGAACAGGCCCCUGGUGUGGAGCCUGGCCGUGUCCCUCCUGGCCAUCGUCGGGCUGCUGCUGGGCUCCUCACCUGACUUCAACAGCCAGUUUGGGCUGGUGGACAUCCCUGUGGAGUUCAAGCUGGUCAUCGCCCAGACUCUGGUCCUGGACUUCUGCCUGGCGCUGCUGGCCGACCGCGUCCUGCAGUUCUUCCUGGGUACCCCGAAGCUGAAAGUGCCUUCCUGAGUUGGCGGUGCUGGCGCUUGCCCCCACCCACCCUGUGGGGGCCACUGCCCGUGGGCCUGGCUGCCAGGACUGAGGGGCCCACGGCUGGGGCUGGGGCCUGGUGGGCAGAGCCUGUGGCUGAUAAAGAAGCGUUUCAAGGA